ACAUCGCGAAAGUGAAACUAUUUCAGCAGACUCCAUUUUGUGAAAGGAAAAAUACUAAUAUGGAAAAGAAAAUCUGUUUGUAAAUAAUGUAAGUCAGUUUGUAAACAGAUCAGUUUAAUUCUGGUAUAUAGAAACAGAAUGGAUUAAUGAAUUGAAUGAAGUUUGUGUUUAUUGAUCUUCAUCGUGGAGAGAAAGUCCCAGCGCGACAACUGACUGGUUUUCUCAGACCCCUGUAAAAUGAGUCUCUAUAAGAAGAGAGAGGAGGAGGACGAUGUUCACACACACAAUAAAGCAUCUCCAAAACCCAGCUGUGUAUCUGUGAAGAGUGAUACAUCCUUGAGAAUCCCUCCUAAUAUCAGUGAUGGAGCAGCGACCUCUGACCCUGAUUUUUCCUAUUCAUCUCACGGUUUCUGCAGAGUGAAGAGAGAUGAUGUGAUCAGAUCAGUGACGCCUCCUCUGACCUGCACUGACUCUGACAGUCAGAUCAUGAGACAGAGAGUUACAGACAAACACAAAACCAGCAUGAAGAACAAGUAUGAGAGAUUAUUUGAGGGAAUCAAACUAGAAGAGAAUCAAACCCUCCUGAACAAGAUCUACACACAGCUCUACAUCAUAGAGGGAGAGAGUAAAGGAGUGAAUGAAGAACAUGAGGUUUUACAGAUGGAGAAAACACCCAGAACACAAGACACUGAAAUAUACUGCAAUGACAUCUUUAAACCCUUACAUGAACCAGGAGGUGAAGAGAAAGACAAAAUCAAGACUGUUCUUACUAAAGGCAUCGCUGGAAUUGGAAAAACCGUCUCUGUGCAGAAGUUCAUUCUGGACUGGGCCGAGGGAAAAGCCAAUCAGGAUGUAGAUUUCAUGUUUGUUCUUCCAUUUCGAGAGCUGAACUUGAUUAAAGAUCAUCAGUACAGUCUUCACAGACUUCUGCUGGACUUUCAUCCUGAACUUCAAGAUCUAGACUCAGAGAUUUAUGAUAAAUGUAAAGUUGUGUUCAUCUUUGAUGGUCUGGAUGAAAGCAGAAUGACACUGAUGUUUUCAGAUAGACAGAAAGUUUGUGAUGUGAAUGAGUCUUCAUCAGUGGGUGUGUUGAUGUCAAACCUCAUCAGAGGAGAGCUGCUUCCCUCUGCUCUCAUCUGGAUCACCUCCAGACCAGCAGCAGCCAAUCAGAUCCCCUCAAAAUACAUCAACCGUGUGACAGAAAUUCAGGGAUUCACUGAGCCUCAGAAGGAGGAAUAUUUCAGGAAGAGAAUCAGUGAUGAGCAUCAAGCCAGCAGAAUCAUCUCACACAUUAAAAGAUCAAGAAGCCUCCACAUCAUGUGUCACAUCCCCGUCUUCUGCUGGAUCUCAGCCACUGUGCUUCAAAACCUCCUGAAACAAGAUAACAGUGCAGAAAUCCCUCAAACUCUGACUGAAAUGUACAUCCACUUCCUGCUGACUCAGAUCAACAUGAAGAGUCAGAAGUAUGAUGAGAGAGAUCCAGAGAAACUCCUGAAGUCCAAUAGAGAUGUUAUUGUGAAACUUGCUGAACUGGCUUUCAGUCAGCUGAUGAAGGGCAAUGUGAUGUUUUAUGAGGAGGACCUGAUUGAGAGCGGCAUAGAUGUCACUGAGGCCUCAGUGUAUUCUGGGAUUUGCACUGAGAUCUUUAAGGAGGAAUCUGUGAUUCAUCAGAGAAAAGUCUACUGCUUCAUACACCUGAGCUUUCAGGAGUUUCUAGCUGCUUUCUUUCUUUUUCAUUCACAUGUAGUCAAGAAUAAUAAAUCACUGAAGUUGUUUCUGAAUGAAAAAUAUCAGCGUUACAGUUGGAAAUUCUCUCUGUAUGAGCUUCUUAAAGCAGCAGUUGAUAAAUCCGUAGAGAGUGAAAAUGGACACCUGGAUCUUUUCCUGCGGUUUCUGCUGGGCGUCUUACUGGAGUCCAAUCAGAGACUCUUACAGGAUCUACUGACUCGCACAGUGAACAGCUUAAAGACCAUAAGAAAAAUCACUCAGAACAUUAAAGACAUAGUCAAGGCCGAUGAACAUCUCUCAGCUGACAGAUGCAUCAAUCUGUUCCUCUGUCUGCUGGAAAUGAAGGAUCACACUCUGUACAGAGAGAUUCAGAAGUUUGUGAAAUCAGAGAAUCACUCAGUGAAUAAACUCUCUCCAUCUCACUGCUCAACAAUCGCUUACAUGAUUCAGAUAUCAAAGGAGGUGCUGGUUGAGCUUGAUCUGAAGAAAUACAACACAUCAGAUGAGGGUAGAAGGAGACUGAUACCAGCUGUAGUGAACUGCAGAAAAGCGCUGCUUGCCUUCUGUAAUCUCACGAGUCAGUGCUGUGAAAGUUUGUCUUCCUCUCUACAAUCAUCAAACUCACUGAGAGAGCUAGACUUGAGUCAUAAUGACCUUCGGGAUUCAGGAGUUAAGCUGCUCUCUGAUGGACUGAAGAGUUCACUCUGUCAACUCAGCAUACUGAAAUUAUCUGGCUGUAUGGUGACAGAGGAAGGCUGUUGUUUUCUGGCUUCAGCUCUGAGUUCAAACCCCUCUCACCUGAGAGAGUUGGAUCUGAGCUACAAUCACCCAGGACAAUCAUUAGUCAAGCUGCUCUCUGAUCCAAACUACAGACUGAAAAAACUCAAUCUUGGUCAUGGAGGAGAGUUCAGGAUUAUAGAAGGACUACAAAAAUAUACAUGUGAUCUCACACUGGAUCCAAAUACAGCAAACACUCGUCUCACUCUGGCUGAGGAGAAUAUAAGUGUGACAUUUGUGAAAAAGAAGCAGCCAUAUCCUGAUCAUCCAGAGAGAUUUGAUAAGUAUCCGCAGGUUCUGUGUAGAGAGAUUCUGACUAAACGCUGUUUUUGGGAGGCUGGAUAUGAAGGGAAGAUUGAUAUAUCAGUGACAUAUAAAGGAAUCGUCAGGAAAGGAUGGAGUAAUGACUGUUGGUUUGGAUGCACUGAAAAGUCUUGGAGUCUGACCUGUUUCAAUGACAAAUUCACUGCCAAACACAAUAAUGGAUGCACAGACAUAUCAGCUCCUUCUAAUCGCUCUAACAGAGUAGCAGUGUAUCUGGACUGGCCGGCCGGCUGUCUGUCCUUCUACAGUGUCUCUGACACACACACACUCACACACUUACACACUUUCAACACUACAUUCACUGAACCCCUCUAUGCUGGAUUCGGGGUUUAUUCUGAUAGUUCAGUGUCUCUGUGUAAAACUAAACACCGUCCUGUGAAGAAAGUCAGUUGUUAUAAGCCAUACGAAACCUCUCAGUUUUCUUUAGGCGGUUUUAAAUAGGAAUCUUUGUCAGAUAAAAAAAAAUUAAAAUAAAAAAAUCAUUUUGCUGAAUUCAGAGUGUACAUUAAUAAGAGUAUAUGACAUUUAAUAGUCAACCUGUGACAACAGCUGAGUGACACAGAAAUGUAUAAUUACUGAAAUGUGGAAGAUAAAGCAGUUUGUGUACUAAAAUAUUACAUGAACACCCAAACAGCAUAAAUAUUCUUUUUUUCUGUGGCUAUAAUUUAGUUUUUUGUAAUGUGCAAUUCAGUGUCUGUUAUGGAACUUAUCUUAAAUAUUGUAUUAAUUCUCUGUGUUCAGUUUCUUUUUAAGGUAUAUUUAUAUAAGGUUUCUAUAUAUAACUUCUAUAUAUAUAAAGGGUUAAGGGAUAGGACGUAACAAUGUCAUGUCAACAUGUUUUUAAAGUCUUAUGACAAGUGAAGUUGUGCAAUUUUUUGUUUCAAGAAAAAGUGACUGAUGGUUUGAUAUUUGUUUGUAAAAAUGGGUGUCUGAAGUCAAUGCAGUACAUUCAUACGUCUCUGACACCCGCUUAAGUAUUUUAAUAUGUAACAAUUAAAUAUUAAUCAGCAACUGAUUAUCACUCAGUGCGAAGAUUUGAUGUCAGUGAUCAUAGAUUAUGAAUAUGUAAAUAGAAAACAAUGCUUUUCUGACAAAACUUGCGAUUUUGAGGUGUAUUUUAUUAAAAACAUAAGAUAUA